GACUCAUGGACACACUGAGGACCAGGCGCCCUCUGGAGAUGGUGGUCCUACUGGCCUUGCUCACAGUCAUGGGCUUGUCAUGGGUGCCGACCGCAGGAGCAAACAGAAUCACCUGUCACUCCUGUGAGGCAGAGAACAGCUUUAACUGCACAAAUCCAAAGCAGUGUGAACCUGAAGAACAGUUCUGUGUGGUGGCUGCCAUCCAAUUCUAUGGACGUUUCUACAUGUCUUCAAAACAGUGCAGCAGAUACUGUCCAGUGCGUGUAGAUGAAACUAUUAUCUCGUCUGAUGGAGCGCCGCAGCCAAAGCCCUUUGUGGUCCAAAAGCCCUUGCCCUUCUUAUAUGCAAGGUGCUGCAAAUGGGACCUGUGUAACGACUAUGGGCCUCCAAUCCCGCAGUUCAAGGAGCAGCCCGGGAAAGCCAGUGAGAGAAGAAACAGAUACACUGAGCUGUUCCUGCCAGGCUUCAUGGUCCUGGCUGCUCCUGGGCUCACAGACCUAAGCCUAAUGUAAGCUGCAGAUGGGCCUGGAGCAUGCCUUGUGGGCCACGAAUUCCCUGGACCCUGA